CUCUCCACGUAUCAGCGUUGUUAUCGUUCUAGAGAUUAGAAGAUCAUAGGAAAAAAAUGAUGCAUCUCUGAUCACGGUACACGUAAUCCGGAAUUACCUAACUUCUGACGCAAGGAAACACAUAACGUCUGGCACACAUACGUGGCUAACUCGGCGCGUUUCCCGGUGCAUCGUGCGCGCCGACAUGUCGCGGAACAGCUGUUUGAGUAAAUUAUGCCUUUUGUUGUGCAUUGUCUUGCUAGAAUUGCGCAACACCGGUGCGAGUGACGACGCCACUCAAAAGAAUGUUCUGCUACUUCUGGCUGACGAUGCGGGAUUCGAGAUGCGAUCCUACUUGAAUAAAAUCUGCCAGACUCCCAAUCUGGACAAGUUGGCAAAGGAGAGUCUAUUGUUCAACAAUGCGUACACAUCAGCCAGCAGCUGUUCACCAAGCCGUUCUGCAAUAUUGACUGGAUUACCGAGUCAUCAAAAUGGAAUGUACGGCCUCCAUCAAGGUGUUCAUCAUUUCAAUUCCUUUGAAAACGUUCAAAGUUUGCCGAAAAUAUUGAAAAGGAACAAUAUCAAAACAGGACUUAUCGGCAAAAAGCAUGUAGGUCCCAGCGAAGUUUAUCCAUUUGACUUCGAACGUACAGAGGAAAGUUAUCCUAUUCUUCAAGUAGGCCGCAAUAUCACUCAUAUUAAGCUGUUGGUGCGCGAAUUUCUCUCGUACAACAAAACACAACCCUUCUUCCUACUUGUUGCCUUCCACGAUCCUCAUCGUUGCGGACACACUCAUCCCGAGUAUGGUAACUUUUGCGAGAAAUUCGGCAACGGAGACGUUGGAAUGGGUACAAUCCCGGAUUGGUAUCCGAUAUAUUAUCAAUGGGACCAAGUUAAAGUACCUUACUACGUUCAAGACACAGAAGCCGCUAGGAGAGACAUUUCCGCCCAGUACACAACAAUAUCUCGUUUGGAUAAAGGUGUUGGUCUCGUACUGGAAGAACUCGAAAAUGCCGGCUACAAGGACGAUACUCUGAUCCUUUACACAUCCGAUAAUGGCAUACCUUUUCCAAACGCCCGUACAAACUUGUACGAUCCAGGCAUCGCUGAGCCGAUGAUGAUCUCGUCGCCGAUACACAACCAUAGGAAGAACAGCGUAACGUACAGCAUGACAUCUUUGCUGGACAUAGUCCCAACGAUAUUAGAUUGGUUUAACGUGACUUACGAGAAUCAGUCGUCGGACCUCGACGAAGUGUCUCCUCCGCAGCUUACUGGCAAAUCGCUUCUACCACUGCUCCGUGAAGGUACACACGCAUGCAACAUCAAUGGCAGUAUGUGUUAUCGUCUAUUAGCAGGAUCGCGUUGUGAGAUAAUCGAUGUCCCAUUUGUAGAACCCACGGAAAACGGCACGGCGAUCUUCGCCAGCCAGACGCAUCAUGAAGUUACUAUGUACUAUCCGAUGCGUGCGAUUAGGACCAAACGCCACAAGCUUAUACAUAAUAUCAACUAUAGGAUGCCAUUCCCUAUCGAUCAAGACUUCUAUCUAUCUCCGACUUUCCAGGAUCUUCUGAACAGGACGCAAAAGCACGAAUUUCUACCGUGGUACAAAACUUUAAAACAAUACUACCAAAGACCGGAGUGGGAGUUGUACGACUUAAAAUAUGAUCCGGAGGAAUUAAAUAAUAUAGCUUUAAAGCCAUCGAUGAGGAACACGUUUGUUUAUCUUCAAGAACGAUUGUUCAAUUGGAUGAAAGCGACAAAGGAUCCAUGGAUGUGCGCACCGGACGCUGUUCUCCAAGACACUGGUGUUAACAAGAACGAUCCUCAAUAUGAUGUCAUCAACCGAGCCAAUGUGAAAGAGUAUCAUUGCCGCCAAUCACGACGUUUUUCCUCAACCCAUGACGCUCCGUGCAGCGGUCUCGUGCUCGCACCGUACGUGUCGGAGACAAGGGUUACGUUCUGUCCAGGUCACCGUUUAUCGAACGAAAUGUACGACGACUACAACGAGUAUGACGCGUACGAUGACUACGGGCCGCCGGACGACCAGUACGACCGUACGAGCUACCGGCAGCUGCCCGAGAUCGUGCGCAACUUCCUCGUAUUCCUGCGCAACUGCAUCAACGAGGGCAUGAUCUUCGAGAUCCAGAACCUCUACGAGAACUCGUUCCCCAAGAUCUCGGAGCAGCUGUUCGACAAGUCACCGUGGCCGGAGGCGUCCACGAUCGCCCAUCUAGUCGACAACGACCCGGUGUUCCUGACCCUCUACAAGGAGCUCUACUACCGCCACAUCUACGCCCGUAUGCAGGGGCCGACGUUGGAGCAGCGUCUGAAUUCCUUCUACAAUUACUGCGACCUCUUCAACUACAUUCUGCACCCGGAGACGCCGGUGCAGCUAGAGCUGCCCGAUCAGUGGUUGUGGGAGCUGAUCGACGAGUUCGUUUACCAGUUCCAGUCGUUCGCCCAGUACCGCGCCAAUCUGUCCAACAAAACUCCGGAGGAGAUCGACAAUCUGAACGCGCACAACAAGAUCUGGGACGUGCUCUGCGUGCUGAACGUCCUGCACUACCUGGUGGACAAGUCGAAGAUCAAGAGUCAGUUGGAGGUAUACGCGAGCGGCGGCGACCCGGACUCCGUGGCCGGCGCCUUCGGCCGGCACUCUCUCUACAAGAUGCUCGGCUACUUCUCGCUCGUCGGGCUCCUGCGUCUGCACUCCCUGCUGGGUGACUAUUACCAGGCCAUCAAAGUAUUGGAGAACGUGGAACUGUACAAGAAGAGCGCGUACUCGCACGUGCCCGGCUGCCAGAUCUCGACGGCUUACUACGUCGGCUUCGCCUACAUGAUGAUGCGCCGUUACGCGGACGCGAUCCGCACCUUCUCCGGUAUUCUGCUCUACAUCCAGCGUACGAAGCAGUUGUUCGCCACCAGGAGCUACCAGAACGAUCAGAUCAACAAGCAGACCGAGCAGAUGUACCACCUGCUCGCGAUCUGCCUGGUCCUCCAUCCGCAGUGCAUCGACGAGGGCCUGCAGCAGGCGCUGCGCGACAAGAACUACCACGAGAAGAUGUACAAGAUGCAGUACGGCGAUCUCACCGAGUUCGAGAACUGCUUCGUGUUCGCCUGUCCCAAGUUCCUCUCGUUGACGCCGCCGAAUCCGGAGAAUCCCAACGAGGACUACGUUCGCGAGGCGAUCAAGCAUCAGACCCAGGUGUUCAUGGACGAGGUGAUCCAGCAGAAGAUGUUGCCGACCAUCCGCUCGUACCUGAAGCUCUACACGACCCUGCCCCUGAGCAAAUUGGCGACCUUCAUGGGCAGCAAUUCGCGCUCCGACGAGAGCUGGGACCUGGACAAGGAGGUGAACGCGUUGACGAUCCACUUGCUCUGCUUCAAGCACAAGAUGAAGAACAUCGUCUGGACGAAGGGCACGUCGGGGUUAGACGGGAAAUUCCAGUCAGGAUCCGAGCUGGACUUCUACAUCGACCACGACAUGAUUCACAUCGCCGACACGAAGGUGGCGCAUCGAUACGGUGACUUCUUCAUACGCAAGAUACUCAAGUUCGAGGAAUUGAAUCGCAAAUUGCACCAUAUAAAAAUUUAAGUAUCAUCCCGGCAAUGCGCUCGCGAAAGAUGGAGAAAGUGGGAAUAAAGGAGUUUGUAAAGAUAAAUAUGUA